AUGCGCCUCCCAUCCCUCCUAUCUAUCCUCCCCCUCUCCUCCGCCCUAACAAUAACCCUCCACAUCUCCCCCUCCCACCACACCUCCGGCGGCCAAUCCACCUUCCCCCCAAACACUCACGCGACCCUCAGCACCCUCGGCGCGCAACACUCCGCCUACCUAACCCCCGCCGGCGAGUUCGUCUUCCGCAACGUGUCCGAAGGAUCCUACCUCGCCGACGUGCACUGCGCCACGUACGCGUUUUCGCCUGUGAGGGUCGACGUGGCCGAGGGCGAAGGGGGGAAGGCCGUCGUGCAGGCUUGGGAGACGUAUAGGGGGAAUGAGUGGGACAAUAAGGGGGAGGUAAGGGUCGGGGAGGGGGGAAGGGUUGAGGUGAGGGUUUUGGGGGGGAAGCAGUAUUUUGUUGAGAGACAGAAGUUCUCGGUUUUCACUAUUCUCAAGAAUCCUAUGAUUCUGUUAGGCCUUGUUAGUAUGGGGUUGUUUAUUGGGAUGCCUUACCUUGUCGAUAACAUGGACCCCGAGAUGAAGGCCGAGUUCGAGGAGAGGCAGAGGAACAACCCGAUGAACAGCAUCCUGGGCGGCCAGCAGCCCGGAGCGAACCCGAUGGGUAACUUUGAUAUGGCGGCGUAUUUGGCGGGUACGAACAAGAAGGAGGGCAACGGUAGGGGUGGGAAUGGCGGUGUUAGGCGGUAG